GCACGUUCGCGUAACCAUCACACCGCACGUGUGUACGUAUUGAUAAAAACUAACAAUAAUUAUCAUUAUGUUGAGAAAUCGCAAUUACUUAUACGGCUCCAAGGAUUUAGAGGUUCCUGCCAGAUUGCAUUUGGGAGACUAUAUGAUCGAAAAGAUGUGGAGUGUGAGAGAGAAGACAGCGCUUAUUAACGGCUCUACUAAUGAGAGUAUAACAUACGGUGAAGUGGCUCAACAAGCGAUGAACUUCGCCGUCUCGCUCGCUCAUCUAGGCGUGAGAAAGGGAGACACUAUAGCUCUAUGUUCAGAGAACACGUUUGAGUUUUGGGGGGUAGUUAUAGGGGUAGCGUGCGCGGGCGCCAUUGUGACGCCUGUCAACACUGGGUAUACAGAAAACGAAGUCAAGCACGCUAUGAGCAUAUCGAAACCCAAAAUCGUAGUUCUAUCGCAACAGGCCUACAAAGUGCACGGCAAAACUUUCAGAUCUCUACCGUACAUAAAAACCGUUAUUGUCUUUGGAAACCAUAGACCACACAACACUCUGUUAUAUAACGACUUAGCGGUAUCGAACAACAACGGUACCGGUAACGUUAUCGUUAAUAAUUAUUUAGCAAGGAACGUUAAGUUAGAAGAAUUCGAUGUGGUGGAUGUAGACGGACAGAUAGACCCGAUAUUUAUUUUAUAUUCGUCGGGGACCACUGGAUUGGCUAAAGGAGUAAUGCAGACGCAUUUGAAUGUGCUGUCGCAGUGUAAUAUGCCCAAAUCGACCAAUUCCGAAAUAGUACUUGCCGUAGCUCCAUGGUUUCACACCAUGGGCCUGAACAACACUCUGGGAACGUUGACAACUGGCAGAACGUCGGUCUUCCUUACCAAGUUUGAUUUGGACGUGUUUCUGAAGACUAUUGAGAAAUAUAAGAUAGUUCAAAUGACGGUAGUGCCACCUUUAGUGGUGGCCAUAUGCAAAGCUGCCAGCAAAUACGACCUCAGCUCCGUCAAGAUAGUCUACUCCGGGGCCGCGCCACUGCAGAAGGAGACGGAAGAAUUGUUGAAAGCAAAGUUGCCAAACAUCGAAACGGUGUUGCAAGGGUACGGAAUGACAGAGGCCACCCUGGCCAUCACCAGGGGCUUGCCAGACCACAAGCAGAAACCAGGGAGCGUCGGGAAGCCCGUGCCGUGUGCUGUUAUGAAGGUAGUCGAUAUAGACACCAGAGUACCCCUCGGGCCGAACCAGCCUGGCGAGAUCUGCGUCAAAGGUCCAAUGGUCAUGAAAGGCUACGUGGGGAAGGACCGGAAGGCAGACUUCGAUGAUGAAGGCUUCUAUAUGUCAGGGGACGUUGGGUAUUACGAUGAAGAUGGGAGCUUCUACAUUGUGGACCGGAUGAAGGAGCUGAUCAAGUAUAAGGCUUUACAGGUGGCCCCAGCAGAAAUCGAGGCUCUCCUAUUAGAACACCCGGCGGUGCGCGACGCAGGUGUAGUAGGGGUGCCAGACAAAUCAGCAGGGGAGGUGCCUCUCGCGUUCGUGGCCAGGCAGCCGGGCGCCAGGGUGACUGGCGAGGAGAUACAGCAGUUCGUGGCUGAGAGACUCUCCAAUCCUAAGCGUUUGCGAGGCGGCGUGCGGUUUGUAGAAGCCAUACCAAAGAACCCAAGUGGGAAGAUCCUGAGAAAAGAACUCAAGAAAAUGAUCAAUAGGAAGAGUAAGUUAUAAUGAUAAUGAUAUACA